CUCUGCAAACCGACACUUGAGCAACUCAACAAGAUUAUGGACAGGUUUGUGAGCGAAAUGAUUCAGCCAUAUUCUGUAUCGAAUAUACGGACACCGCGACACGAGCACAAGUUUCCUGUUGACUCUGUUGUCAAUACUGAGGUGUCCGAUUCACCUGCCAGCCGCAAGCUCGAGGGACUUGCA